CCGAUUCCCAUUCCAACUGUCAACUAUUCAAUAUUAAUAUUCAUUAUUACUUUUUAAGGAUCUCCACAAUCGUCUUACAGCCAAAAUUCAGUUUAGAAAAAAUUCGGAAAAAUGGUCGCACCAUUCUUGACGCUUGUGCAUCUAAUUAAUAAUUCGCUCCAUCGAUUUUCUAUGGUGUCGUAAGAUGUGGAAGACGAGGAAAAUCCGAUGAAUUUUAUUGGAUUAUUGAUUUUGAUAUUUAUCGGGUUAUUGAUUUAAAAAAAUUUUGCCACUUGCCAGUCAAUUUCCAUCAAUUCAUAAUUACCCGCUCUUUGUUGGCGGAGUGGCGGCGAUAUUUGAAUUCUCGAUAAUCGAAGAUCCAUGAAUGUUUAGGCACUGCGAUGUACAUUUUAAAAUUCCUCUGCUCUAGGGAGAUUCAUUCAUAAUAAUCAGCAGUAACAAAUGGACUUUGACCCUUUCCCAUGAGACAUUACUUCAGUGCAUUGAAGGUGGCGUUUGGAUUCCCAGCAAAAAUCAAAAUAAAACCCUGACGGAUUGAGAUGUCCAACAUCCUCAAAGGCCACCUGGCCUUCAUCACAGGAGCUGGCAGUGGAAUAGGAAGAGCUGUGUGUCGUCUCCUGGAAAAAGAGGGGGCAAGUGUGAUAGCAGCAGAUAAGAAUAUAAAAACAGCAGAGGAAACCAUUUCGGAUUUGAAAGCCGAUCACCUGGCUCUCGAAAUCGAUGUAUCUGAUGUUUCGAGUGUGAACAACGCCUUGAAAAAAGGGAUCGAUCAUUUUUCUCGAGUACCAACGAUCGUUGUGAACUCCGCAGGAAUUACCAGAGACAAUUUUCUCCUGAAACUCCCUGUGGAUGAUUUCGAUAAAGUCCUCGAUGUCAAUCUUAAGGGAACCUUUCUCGUCACCAAAGCAUGCGUCAAUUCGAUGAUCGAAGCGAAUUCGACUGAAGGUGCCUCGGUAAUUAAUAUAUCCUCUAUUGUUGGGAAAACUGGAAAUAUUGGGCAGAGCAAUUACAGUGCAUCGAAAGCUGGGGUUCAGGCACUCACCAAGACUGCCUCCAUGGAAUUCGGAAAAUUCGGAGUGAGAGUAAAUGCAAUUCUCCCAGGAAUUAUUGAGACUCCCAUUAUCGGCACAGUCCCCAGUGAAGUGAAACAAAUGUUCAUAAACAGAAUUUCACUCGGGAGAAUUGGAAAACCUGAGGAAGUGGCUGACCUGGUGCUGUUCCUGGCAUCACCCAGGAGUUCUUAUAUCAAUGGAGCGAUGAUCGAGAUAACAGGAGGAAUGCACUGAAAAAUUCCUCUCAUAAAAAUAUUAAUUACGUAACUGACAAUUAUAUCCCAAACAUGAGAAUACAUUAUCUUUUUUUUUCUUGUUCUUGUAAUGUUCCGGAAAAAUGUGUUUUGUUAAUUUUGAUAGGUACCCAUCAACGGAUAUCCAAAAUAAAAAUAAAAAAUAUAGAUUUCUAUAUAUAUCCAGGAAAUCCAAAAGAAAA